CUAUACCAACUACAUGAACUGAUGAAGUCAAAGGAGAGAUGUAGACCGCAUAGGUCGCUCAUUAAAAUGUGUGAUAAUCGGACAGUAUUGCAAUUGCAAUGACGUAGUGAUAUGGAAUAUAAUAUGGGACAUAUGUGUAACUGCUAUGUCAUAAGUUCAUAAUUCCGAGGUUUAUAGUAUAUCGGGAAUAAUAUUCCCAAUAUCUGACCAGUGUUUUUCAACAUGGCGACUUAUUGGACCAAAGACUGGCAUGUUGAUUUCAUUCAACUGUGGCUUUCUGUCCUUCUUUUGAUGCAUCGUGUGGACUUUACGUUGCAGGAUGACAAUAAUUGGAUUGGAAAUAAUGGCGUGAAUUCGGAUCGCAUAAAAUUAAGGAACUUAGGGGCCCGACAUCACAGAAGAACAGCGGAUACAGAUAACGAUGGAUACGUUACUGACAAUAGACAAGAAAAUGUCAGCCCCAAAAUGCUCGGGGGAAUCGUAAUUCAACACGAAUCCCAAAAACUGUCUGCCAGAUUGCGGUGGUUAAGUAACGAUGAAAUCGGAAUAACUACUAUGCAGGCUAUUUAUGACUCUUUACCAUAUACUAACGAAGAAACUAACUUAAAAUCUAAUUUAGACAAAAUUACUAGUAGCUUGCAGACAAGACUUAGGAAUUAUCUUCAAGUUUUAAGAACAAAUAAAAUAACGGUAGAAAAUUUAUACAAAUUUCAUGUGAAGCAGCCAAUAACACAAAAACUUGACUGUUGUAGUAUUCAGUUUAAAGAUUUCAAAAGUGAGAAUCAGUAUGGAUGUAGGAUAUCUAAACAAACAAGUUGUGAUUUAAUACCUCCCAGUACACCACGUGGAGCUUUUAAUCCAGGCAGAAAUCUCACGGAAGUUUGGAGGAGUAAUGUACAGUAUUUUUCAACUUUAAAAUGGCAAUAUUUUAUCUCUGUAGAAGGUAUCCAUAGUGAAUAUCCCGCUAAUGGUUUCCGUUGGUCACAAGAUUGUCAUAAUGUACAUGAUACCAGACACAGGGAUGUGUUUUUAUCGACCAUACAACCACAGAGGAAAUAUGUAGUGAUUGUAAUGGACCACGGUAAUUCCAUGAGUCCCACACAGCUUCAUACAGCUAAAGCCAUUGCUAAACAUUUAUUGGGAUCUUUCUCGAAAAAUGACAGGAUUGGUAUUAUUGGUCUGUCAUCGAAACCUACGUAUCCCAGAUCAGAUCCAUGUCUGCUUAAUUCUCUGGUACCAGCUACGUUCGAGACUCGAGUCUUCUUUAGUAAAUUUGUUGACAAGUUGGAGAAAGUUGACAGUACAACAAACCAUUCUUUAGGAUUUGACACAGCAUUUGAAAUGAUUGAACAUGCGUUAUUGAAAGGAAAUCAGUUAGCAGAGCGUGCUAUGAUAUUAUAUAUUAGUCGUGGAUUAUUAUCAUCGUUAACAGAAGCUAGAGAAGUUAUGAAUAUAAUAUCUGUACAGAACGCUAGAUCAGGACAUAAAGUAAUAAUCAACACAUACGCUGUUAUUGAUGAUGGCAAGCCAAUCAUGUAUGAGAAGAGUUUCCUACAAGACAUAGCUUACCAAAACUUUCCUAAAUAUGAUGUCAAAUAUAAACUUAAGAUACCAGUCAUCAGAGGAAUGAUGAUGGCUAUAAAUUCUACAAGUGAUUUAAGUUCUAGUGUUGGCCGAUUUUAUCUACCGUUAAAUAACACAGCUGAUGAAAGUCCUGUAUUCUCUCUGCCAUAUAUAGAUGAAGCUGACAGAUCUUUAACAUUGACAAUAAGUCAGCCAUGUUUUCACAUAUUUAAAGAUGAAUAUAAAUUAAUUGGUAUGGUUGGUAUUGAUCUACAUGUAGAAGAUAUUGUACAAGAUAUAACAUAUUAUAAUCAAGAUGGUCAAUCAUAUACUUUUAUAGUUACUACUGAUGGAUAUACAAUAAUGCAUCCUUCUUUCCGUCGACCGAUGAGGACCAAUAUCCAACCAAUGCAUACAGAUAUCAGACAUUUUGAAAGUGUUGAUGGUUUUGAAUUAAUACGGAGAAAUAUUUUAUCUCAAGAAGAAGGAGAAUCAACGUUAUUAUUAGAUUCAAAUAAUUCAUCUGUAACUGAUGAACAUCCUACCCAACCAAAAUUCUACGCUAAAUACAUGUGGAAAAAAGUUGACAACGCUCCUUACAUAGUCGUAUUAAAAGUCUUACAAGAAAUUCAAGAAACAAGAGAAAUUAGAAAUAUAGUGUCUAAUCAACAUGAUCUAGUAUACCAUCGAUUAGAUUUGUUACCUCGAGAGAAGAUGUGUUUACAUCUAAAACAAUUAUCCACCUUAGAUACUAGUACGGUAUUUCUAUCUGCCAGUAGUUUUGAGAAACCAUUUGAACAUCUCAGUGAAGAUGAAACCAAGAGGAUUGUACAGAUUUAUUUAACAUAUCUUAAAGACGACACCAUGAUGAUCUCCAAUCCUGGCUUAAAGGAUAAAGUACGAAAUGAUGUAGCUGCUAGUACUAGAAUUAAUGAUGAAUGGAUGAGACGAUAUCAAGCUAGUUCACUCAAAGACUACAUUAUUAGACGAUACGUGGCGACACCUAGUGGAGUGAGUAGAAUGUAUCCAGGAACACAACUUGGUAAAACAUUUGAUCCAACUAAAAGAAGCUGGUUUGGUAGAGCUCUAGAAUUUCCAGGUCAUGUGACAUUAACAGCACCAUAUUUGGAUGUAGGAGGAGCUGGUUAUAUUGUAACUAUCAGUCAUACUAUAUUUGAGGGAAAACCUGCUGCUUUACACAGUCCUGCUGAUCGUGUAGCUGCUGUUAUGGGUAUGGAUAUAACAAUGGGAUAUUUCCACAAACUAUUGAUAGAUAAUAUACCAGCUUGUAAACAACCUACUGUCAGAUGUUUCUUGAUGGAUGACAAAGGCUAUCUUAUUGCUCAUCCAGCCUUUGUUGAUCCCAAUGGAAAAGGACCAGUUGAACAACAGCACAUUACACAUAAGGAACCUCUUGUAGCUAAUGAUAUAUUAAAUCAUAGAGGAUUUGUACAGAAGAAACUAUGUAACAGAUAUAAUGAUAGAACAGUACAAAGAUUUUAUAGGUUUAAUACAAGUUUAGAAGGUGUAUUAACUAACUUGGUUCAUGGGGAACAUUGUGCCAGAUAUCAGAUAACAUAUAUACCAGGGACUAAUGCAUUUCUGGGUAUAGUCAAUCAUACAUGCGAAACAGCUACAGCUUUUUGUCCUUGUAGUAUGGUUGAUCGUUUAUGUUUAAACUGUCAUCGUAUGGAACAAAGUGAAUGUGAAUGUCCUUGUGAAUGUCCAUUAGAGAUGGAUUUAUGUACUGGUGAACUUCUAGAUGAGGAAGAUUUGAAUCCAAGUUGUGAACGUGAUCCAGAAGAAGAGCAUGUUGUACUCAUUGAUUCUAGUAUCACUGAUAAAUUAGAUCAGUGCUAUCAACCAAAAUGUGAGGAAAGACAAUCAAAAAAUGAUUGUAUGGGUGUUGUGGAUUGUUCAUGGUGUCAGGUACAACUAGAUGGUAAUACACCUAUCAACAAACCAUAUUGUGCUAGUCAACGGGUGUGUUUUGGUGGGGUGAUCGGAGCUCAUACACCAUAUGGCGAUGAAAUUGCAGCUAAUGUUAUGGCCCAGCAGUUUGAUCCACCAACAGUAAAGAGUACUCCGGUUGGACCAGUAGCAGGAGGCAUUAUGGGAUGUUUUCUGAUCCUUGCGUUAGGUGUUUAUUGUUAUCGACACCACGUACAUCGUAACACUCAUCAAUAUAUUAGUUCCAUGCCUGAUGCUACCAACAGAAUGAGUCAUUAUUAUAAUGAACCUGAAGACCAGGAACCAGUUGAAGAACCAGGAUCAGGUCAUACCAACUUUGUGUUGGCUUCAUUUGAAAACCCUGCUAGUAUAUCUCCGUACCGAGUAAAUACCUCAUAUCGUAGACCUGCAGGGGGUGAUAGUGACCAUGGUUACAGCACCAUGACACCACACGAAGAUAGUGAACAUGCUAGUCUGCCAUGUUUAGAACCAUUGUUAAUUGGUAGAGACAGAUAUAAACCCACUGCUCAUGGGGUAUCAAAGGCACCCAUUCUGCCACCACCUCCAAGUAUUUGCAGGAGAAGCAGAAGUCCGACGCCACCCCAGACACGACUAUCCACUGCUUACACAACUAUACCAGAACAAACAUGUCUACCCUCAGGUUCGAUUGGACCGACAACCACAAUACCAGAGGCACCUCAUAAUGUUAUAGCCAAUGUACAAGUACAUAUGGUGGACUCACGUUGACAUGGAAACAAAGUGUCGUCAGGACGAUAUAUGACCUUGAUUGAAAAGUUCAAAUUUUUCAUGUGCUCAGUAGGCAGUGACGUGUGUCGUGUCAUGAAACCAAAAGGAGAUAUUAAAUUAAUAUCAGUUUGAUGUCAGAUUCUCAGGGAAAAACUUUGCUGACAAAAAAAAUGGCCGACAUAUUGCUGGUGUCGUAACCAAGGGACAAAGACUUGUGACUUAAAGAGAGUUGUGUAAAUAUUAUGGUGAUAUAGGUAUUUAUUCUGACAUUAAGAUCUGUUCUGAUACACUUGAGUAUUAUUAUAACCUCGCGAAACUUGCUGUUCCUAUUUUCAGUGUGUUAGUGACGUGACUCAGUGCUAUUUAUAAACUCAUUGACAUUUUUUUUUUUAUUUUAAAUCAAAUUAAUAUCAACAGAAGUAAAAGUGGUGCCAAGAUUUAAAAAUAAAAACAGACAAAUAAAAUUUGUAAAGACUUUCUGUUUACAACUGUUGUUGGUGAAACGUGUAAUGGUUGUAUGUUGACGCAGUUUGUUGUGCAGGGACAUCUAGGGUACAAAUUCUACAAGUAUGUAGGCUAAUCCUUAAAUAUACUGGAGACAAGGUAUCUGUAUGUCAGAUACUGAAGAAGAAAUGUCUCGAUCUAAAAUGAAUUCAGAAUCUAAUGACCUCAUAGUAUAUAGUAAAAGAUAUAGAUAUUAUAAAUAUUAUAUAUAUAUAUAAAUAUAAACUGACUUUUGUUGUCAAGUGUUAGAGCUGUAAAUAGACCAUUUGAUUAUAAGUCAAUAGAGUUAUCUUUCCUUUCCUUCUCAAUUCUCAACCUGCAUGUAAGUAGCCAGUAGUCGGACAUAUUGGAUUGUAGAUUGUGUGUGUGUGUGUGUGUAUGUGUGUAAAUAUGGUUCGUUGUGUUUUCAUAUUAAUAUAUAUGCAUUGGAGUGCUGAGUUUAUUAGCUAUCUAAUGAGUAGUCUUCCAGAUAUAGAUAGUAGGUCGACUUUCACCUGAAAUAAACAAGAAUCUCAAUGAUUUAUCAUCACAAACUAUUUAUUUGAUAGUUUCAUAUUUUACAUUAAUUAUAGAAUCAUUAAUAUUUAAUUUUUCUCUUUUAUCAUUGUGAUGAUUAUAUCUGCAUGACUAGAACACAAUCAGUAGAAUUUAAAUAAGAUUUUAUCUCUUAGUGAUGUAGCUACAGUAGGCAUACUGCAGUGAUGAUAUUAAAAUUAAGUUGGGUUAGCAAACCUUGCAACCUGGGUUCUCGUUGAAGUCAGGUUUGCCUGAAAUUAGCAUUUCAAGGAAUUCAGCUUUAAACACAAUUAAAAUAUUAAUAACACAACUUAAUGGAUUUACUACUUUUUGGUUUAUUACAUGUAAUGUUUCAAUACUCUUACAGGUAUCUUUAUCAAGUAAUGAAAUACAAUGAGGUUUAACGUCCUACUGUUCUGCUCCAAACUGGGCUAAUGAAGACGGGCAUACGCCAUACAGUGUGCUAUGAGAGAAAUUUUGCCCGGACAGCGGCACUACGACCUACUCUUAUAUCAAAUUCCAACUGUCAAGGGAUCUUUAACGUGAACGCCAAUGUGUACACGGGACCUCAGUUUUUCAUCCCAUCCGAACGACUAGACAGCUGUCCUUGCCAGGCACUCCGUCCAGCAUCACUGAAAAGGGGGAACAACGCCGGAAAAUCUGGAUGAACUUUCUCGGCCAAUGCAGGGAUCGAACACCCGACCUCCAGGCUAGCGAGCCAGCGUCUUACCCAUCGUGAUCCCCAUCAAACAAUGAUCAAUAACGAAUAAUAACCUUAUAAUAACCUUUAUAGUACCUCCAUGAAUCAAAACAUCAAAUUAAUACCAUAGUCAAAAUAUUAAAUUAUUGUUCUGUCUUACACAAUAAACAUACAUUUAGUUUACAUUAUAGUUAUUAUGUGUCAAAACACUUUGAAAUAUCAUAAAAAUUAAGAUAAUGCUAAAAAUUAUCAUAUUGUUUGAAAAAUAUCUUUCUAAUCUCAGUUAAACAAAAUGUGUCAAAAAUGACUGGCCAAAUUUUACAUUCUUCUUUUGUGUGAUUCACCUUAGCUCUUCAGAAAAAGGAAAUUCUUUAAAUUGUAAAUUAAUGAAAUAUUUAUUUGUCAUGAUUGUUGAUAAAUAAUAUAACAAGUCAUUAUUUUGCUUCAGAUUUCUAAUAUUUUGAUUUUUAUGUGCGAGAGAUAAAUAUCAAUUCAGAUUGUUCCAAGUUAGUUAUUAUUGAGAUUUGAUUAAAUUUUAACCUAUGUCGUUGACAGAUCCGACUUUUUUUUUUAUUAUGAGUUUAAGAGCAUUCAGUUUACUUAAUAUUUUUAAUGCCAUAAUGUGCAAACCACUCUUCUUUAUGAGUAUAAACAGUAUUUUUAAUUUUUUUUUAAAAUCGAAUCUUGUUUAAUGAAUUUGUUUUCAUUUCAGUCAUUAUUUUUUACUUAAGAAUCAAAUUAGAUCAAAUCCGUUUAUGAUUUCAUUUCGUUAAUAUUUGUACCUAUGUUAAAUAAAUUAUGUAUCGAAGGACAUUUUUAAGGGAAUUUGAUUGUGCCAUGUUUUUUUUAUAAUAUGUUUAUAUUUAAGAAUUUAAUUAAGAAUUUAAAUAUAUGUUGUAAGUAAGUCUUGUUUGGUUCUUGUGAGGUCUUAAUCAGUGCAUUGUAUGUAUUUAUCUCUUUUCCCAUUCUCUUCAAAAUGGCAAUAAUACAGACUAUAUUAUGUGGGGAUGAUAGAAAAGAUUAAUAAACUACGACACAUACUUAUGGGAACAGCUAUUAAUAUAUUUGGGUGACGUCCAAAAAUAUUAGUAGCCGUUUUCCAUAAGUAUUAAUAAAUGCCUCUAAAAGAUUAUGAUAUAACAGAUGUUCUAUUGUAGUAAAUUUUGUUUGUAUGUCUCUGGAACAAUGUAUGAUACGAAUAGUUCUGUCAACACAAAGUUUACUUCAUCAUAGAUGUACCCACUGUCUACUCAACAUAAGUUAGAAACAGUAUGCUAUCAUAUGUUGUACGGACAUUUGAAAGUAGAAUUGGUUAGUAGAACGAGUUUUACCUGUAGUGAAAAUGGUACCUCAUUUAAUAGUUGAAUCAGGUUUCAGGUGAUGCAUUUUCCUUAUGCCAGGUUCCCACUGUCGUGCGAUGCGUUACGAUAGGAUUGUUCCUAUUGAGUCCACGGUCUGGUAUGUGCAGAUACGUUCGGAUACGUUACGAUACGAUCAACACAAUUUCUAAGACUGAUUUUAAGAUAUGAUCAGACCUGAUAGGAUCACCGUGAUUACUCCCAGAUAAAGAGCACUAUUUCAAUCCUAGAACGAAUCAUGAUAUUGGGAAUCUAGCAUUACCAAACCCUGCCCCAGGGCUCUAGUUAUAGUCUUGUUGGCCGUUAUUGACUGACUGUCAGUGAAUUUGACUGGUUGGAGAACUUAACCCGCAUUCAGUUCACAUGGCAUGUAAUCACAAUUUCAAAGAAAUUGAAAUAAAUACAGUUAGAUUCUUAGAUUGAAAAUUUGGGAUGAUGUUCACAAUUCUUGCUAAUCUGGAAUAAACAAAAUAUGUUAACUAUUGACAAGAUGUCAAGAUUUUGAAGUGGAAACCCUGUCAGAAUAUAUCCAGUGGAUGCAUAACAGAAUUUAUUUCUUUAGCUAUGAUAGACAUCUGUUGUGAUUACGUUACCUUUUACGCAAUAUGUCUGUUUCUUUAUCUGUAUCUUUAACCGUUAUAUACCUGAUAUCAGUGAAUGCUGUAAAGAAGCUUUAAUAAAUGAUAUCAUAUUAUUACAUGUAUUGUAUUAUCUUGUAUAUAUUACUAUAUUAUAUUUCAAUGAAUGUAUGUAAAUAUUGAAUGAAAAUAAAACGGCAAAAAAAACUUUAUACUAUACAAUUGGUCAAGUAUUCUCAAUUAUUUGUAGGUCCUUUUCUUACAGGAGCUAAAUUUCUUUUUGUAAUUAUUUGAAAUAAAGGUUUCCUUAUUUUGUGAUCUUCUCAAAAAUAAAAAAGAAAGAGUUUGUUUGAUAAGGAGGAAAAUAUAAGAAACUUUUAUUUUAAUUCAUUUUCAGUUUAAUUUAAAGAAAUAGGGCUGUACACAACAUUCUUCCAUUAAUUGCAACUCUUAUGCUAUGUUCCCACUGUUGUUACGAUCAGAUUGUCCACGAUCUGGUAUGUGCAGAUAUGUUCAAAUAUAUUUUGAUAUGAUCAACAUGAUUGCUUCAAAUGACCUCAAUAUAUGAUCAGAUCUGAUAGGAUCACCACGAUUACUCCACGAAUAAAACCAUAAUUUCAAUCGUAGUGCGAAUCGUGAUAGUGGGAACCUAGCAUUAAUAAGCCUGAGUGUAUUUUUGGAUACAUCUAUCUUAAGUCAAUAGCAGCCUAAAGUAGGCUAUACAACUCGUGCAUAGAGCUCAAUUGAACAGACAUUUACCUAAAGUCAAAGAAUGUCUGACGGAAGUUUAGUAGUGUGUAUGGCCCUAAUGCUCCUAAAGUGUUGAUUAGUAACUUGUUACCACAUUGUAUUUGUAAGGUGUAAAUGUGGCCCUUGCCUUUUGGCGUGGGCUUAUUUUGUAAUAAAAUUAAUUUGUGAAGAAUAAA